AUGGCACUACAGCUGAGUGUGUUCAGUGUGGGAGCUCUGUUUUUACUGGUAUUUUUUCUGAUUGCACUAAUUUCUAUUUUUAAUGAGAGACAAAAACCUAACAAUGCCGAACACAAACAGGCUAAAUCAAGCUUACUUCAAUAUGUUACCCAGCUAGUGUGUGGUACACCAUCCCUUUCUCUCCCUGGACCUCCAAGCUACUUUAUUAUUGGGAAUAUGAUGGAGUUAGGUAGUGAUCACCUGCCUAUUCACCUGACCAACCUGGCACAGCGCUAUGGAAGCAUCUACCGUCUCAUAUGUGGAAACACCACCAUUGUAGUUCUGAGCAGCAGUGAAGUAAUCAGAGAGGCACUGGUAAAGAAAUGGUCAGAUUUUGCAGGAAGACCAGACUCUUUUACAGGAAGCAUAGUGUCUGCAGGGUGCUCCAUCUCCCUGGGUGACUACACUGAGGUGUGGAGGGCACAUCGGCGCAUGGUUCACAGCGCACUGCAGAGAUGCUGUCAAAAAUCCCUGCACGAAGUGAUAGAGAGACAUGCACUGCGGAUGAGAAGGGUAUUAAUGGACUAUAAAGGCACAGCGGUGGAUCUGUCAGAGGAUUUCACUGUGGCUGCAAGUAAUGUCAUCACUACUCUGGCUUUUGGAAAAGAAUAUGAUAAAAGUUCCCUCGAGCUGCAGCAGUUGCACAGUUGUCUGAAUGAGAUUGUGGCUCUAUGGGGCUCGUCCUGGAUCUCUGCCUUAGAUUCCUUCCCACUGCUCAGAAAACUACCAAAUCCUGUGUUUGCACGCCUUUUGAAAGAGGUAGUGCGGAGAGAUGACAUCAUACAAAAACAUCUCAGUGAUUAUAAAUCCCUAGAAAAUAAAACAGAAGAUGCUAUAACUGGCUCAUUACUGCAUGGUCUUGAAGAGAACACGAUGCUCACACACACUCACGUCCACAUGGCCACUGUAGACCUUCUUAUUGGAGGGACUGAGACCACUGCCGCCUGGCUAAACUGGACCAUAGCCUUUCUUUUGCACAGACCAGAGGUGCAGAGCAGAGUGUAUGAAGAGCUGUGCACGGUGCUGGAUGGACAAUAUCCCAAAUACAGCGACAGACACCGACUGCCCGUCCUCAACGCUCUGAUCCACGAGGUGCUCAGGCUGCGGCCAGUCGCUCCUUUAGCAGUGCCUCACAGGGCCAUCAGGGACAGCAGCAUUGCCGGUUAUUUCAUCCCAAAAAACACAGUGAUCAUUCCAAACCUUUUUGGUGCUCACCAUGACCCUGCAGUUUGGCCUGACCCAUACAGCUUCAGACCAGAGCGCUUCCUGGAGGGAGGGGGCUCCACUCGGGCCCUGUUCCCAUUUGGAGGGGGGGCUCGUCUCUGCUUGGGGGAAUCUGUGGCCAAAAUGGAACUGUUCCUCUUUACUGCGUACCUGCUGAGAGACUUUGAGUUUGUUCUUCCUGACAAGGUCCCUGCACCAGACCUGAAGGGUGUGGCUAGUGUUGUGUUAAAAGUCAAACCGUUUAAAGUCAUAGCACUGCCAAGACUGGGACAUUGCAGCUAAAACUGAAUUAUUUAGGUC